CGUUCUUCAGCUUCCAUCGUGCCAGCACUGCACGGUGAAUACCUAGCAACGUACCUCCAGACCAUCGAAAAGAAAGUGACCUCGCAACGCAGGGGUGGCGACAAGACGAUGCCCGCAGUCCUCCCGCUCGAGCUCUACGACGAGGCAAUCGACCACCUCUGGGACGAUCCCAAAGCGCUCGCGGCGUGCAGCCUCACCUGCCGCGCUUGGGUGCCUACCAGCCGUCUACACCUGUUCCGCACCGUGCGCGUGCAGAACGCAAAACACUGUGCAGGCUUCGCCGCCGUCCUCGCCGCUGCGCCCGUUAUCGCGCGGUACGUGCACCGCCUCACCAUCAGCGCAGAGUACGACGGUUUCGACCAGUCAGGGCAGGCCGUGGAGGAUGACGAAUGGGUGAACGACGUUGUGAAGUGGGUGGACAAGCUCGAGUGCGUGCGCACUGUCGGCUUGUCAAGAUUGAGGUGGGGCGCGCUGAUGCCGGAGACGCAGGAUACGCUCAUGCGGCUCUUCAAGAACGUGCGGAUGCUCUUCCUCUUUGAGGUGCGUUUCGAUGCCUCAAGGGACGUGCUGGACUUCCUGUCGGCGUUCCCGGUGCUCGAUGAACUGUACUUUCAUGGCGUCUCCUGGGCGCAUGAGUCGCCUGCUCCGUUGAUGCUCUCUGGACGGGAGUCACUAUCAAAACCGCAAAUCAUGGCAAAGGACCAAGAGCGGAUGCAGCUAUCGUACCUUUUUCUGGACCCACGCUCCUCACCAAUGCUGGUCACUGAGUGGCUGCUCAGUCACCCUUCAGAACAGCGUCUUCGAACCAUCCAGUUGUGCUGGCGGGAAAUCGACAACAUGAAGGCAGUCGGAGACUUGUUACACGCAAGUGGAGCGUCACUUGAGUGUUUGCUGGUCGAGUUCCCCGAUGGCGUACCAGAACAAGCUGUGCUAGAAAACGAGAUCAGCCUCGUCCACAACACCGGACUGCGUUCGGUGCACUUCGGCGGGCUAAACGUGCAAGCCUCACGAGUGUUUCUCUCCAAUCAUCUCUUUCCCUGGGUGACCGCGAUGCUCUCCCAGAUCCGCUCGACGCAGCUCCAGGAGAUCACGUUUGAAUUCGAGAUCACUACCGUGCGCGACCUUCUAAGCCUCGAUUGGGAGCGAAUCGACCGCGACCUGUCCCGUCAGGAAUUCAAGGGUCUCCUCGUGCUUUUCUAUGUCAGCUGUGAGGACUCGGUGGCCACGGUCACGAAGGAGGUGCAGGAGCUGAUCUCUGGCCGCCUUGGCGGCUUCCGCGAGCGCGGGACGCUGUGCGUCUCGUGUGUUUGAAGUCUGGUGGUCCCGCUGGUGGAGGCGGGAUGUCGGUCAGGAUCCGCGCCUGCUCUUGUCCCGCACAUUCGGAUAUGCGGAUCCUGCUGCCUCUGCACCGCCGCGCUUUCUGCCUAUGAUUUUCGCUGGGAUCUAGAAUAUAGAGUUAAAAGAAAUAGAUGCUUCGUUUCUUUUCAUUAGACUUUACGGACGUUAUGUGUAUAGACACAGGAGAUGUAUUUGAUGAUCAAUAUCCUUGU